AUGUCGGGUCUCUGCAACAUUUCAUAUCCCCUUCAUGUUCAUAAACCGGAAGAAACAAAGAUUGGAGCACAGCAGAGAGUCACAGACACCUUAAUUCCCGUUGCUAUUAGUAGGAUAUUACAAGUACGUCUCGAGCGCCAGGGCCCAGACUCACUCCAGGAGACGCCGACAGAUGGCAGCACCGAACAGGAAGCGGCGGCGGCCCAUCAGAGCGCGGGCUCGGGGGAGGCAGUCGCCAGCGCCCCCCGCGAGAGCCAAGCGUAUGACCGUGGCAGAGCCGCCCAUUCCCUGUCACUAAAUGAAGCCAUGCAAAAUAAGGAAGAGAAAUCCCCCGCGCCCAGCCCUGGCGAGGAAGGGCAGCCUCCACGCCCGCCGACCGCCCCGCCCGCCCCUUCCUGCGACCCCGGGGGCGUGUCCGGGUCAUGCUCGAGAGUCACCUCCUUCUUAGUCGAGGACAUCCUCGACCCGGGGAAGUUCCGGAGACGACAGGAGGCGCCGCCGGAGGGCGAGGAAGGGGAGGCGCGAGGGCUCGGCGAGGAAGAGACCCAAGACGGGAGCGCGCCCCUGGGCUCGCCUCGGAGGGCGGGCGGCGGAGAACCCUCGUCGCCUCCGUCGCGGGACUGGGCCGCCUCCUCCGCAGGCUCCUCCUCGCCACGUGUGCUCGGCGCUCGAGGAACUGCGGGGAUUGCGAGGCCUUUCGGGGUUCCUUCUGAGUAA